CCUCUGGUAGUUCUGGCAAUGAAGCAGCAGCGCGAGUGAGAGCGAGCAAGCAAUACUGGGAAUAUUUUUGCGCAAAAACUGAAUUUAUCAAUAAAUUGUUGUUAACAAUCGCAGUGUUUGAGCCGAGCGCGUGUGUCCGAACAGCAUAAAGGCAAAUUCAAUGAAGUGGCCAUCGAGUGGCGUCGCCGCCGCCUAAUCAACAAAGGUGUCAGAGAGGGGCUCUCGGUGGAAAGAAAAAAAGAACUUGCCAUUCCGCAUAAAACGACUUCAAGCUGGCCAAAUUGAAACGGAAACGGAAGCCAAACUGAAGCACUUGUCGGAGAGCGUAACGGUGCUGCUGAAAAUCGCUAAAAUGGACAACAGCAUCGUCGUCGAGGAGAACGGCAAUUCGGCGUCCAGCGGUAGCCUGGACGUCAUCACGGCCGCAGCGCAGGCAGCGGCCGCAGCAGCUGCCGCAACGAGCGCCGCGCAGCAGCAGUCACAGAACCCACAGAGUACAACAGCGGCGUCAGCAGGCAACACAAACAAUUCGGCUGGAACGGCCACAGUGCUGACCACGACGGCCAACUGCAAUAUACAAUACCCGAUCCAGGCACUAACGCAGCACGGCCUGCAGGUACAAUCCGUGAUACAGGCGAAUCCCUCGGGUGUAAUACAGACAGCUGCCGGGACGCAGCAACAUCAGGCGCUGGCCGCCGCUACCGCCUCAGCGAUGCACAAGGGAGUGGGGGUGGUGUAUGUUGCCAAGCCGCCAAAUUCCACGGUGAUCCACACGACCGCGGGCAAUGCAGUGCAAGUGCGUAACAAAAUCCCUCCAACUUUUCCAUGUAAGAUCAAACCCGAACCGAACAGCCAGCACCAGGAGGACAGUGACGAGAGUUUGUCGGACGACGACUCGCAGCACCAUCGGAGUGAGCUGACACGGAGGCCAUCGUACAAUAAGAUCUUCACCGAGAUCAGUGGACCUGAUAUAAGCGGCUCCUCGCUGCAAAUGGGGUCCGAUGGGUUGCUCGGGUCUCAGCUGGCGGCAGGCGGACCGGGCGGCAACUCGGCGAACAGCCCACUUCUGCACAUGGCCCCGGACCCGGCCUACUAUUUGUCCAAUCGGAUACCCUACAACACCAACAACAGCGGGAUAGCGGAGGAUCAGACGCGCAAGCGGGAGAUCAGACUGCAGAAAAAUAGAGAAGCGGCAAGGGAGUGCCGGCGCAAGAAGAAGGAGUACAUCAAGUGCCUGGAGAAUCGCGUGGCGGUGCUAGAAAACCAAAACAAAGCGCUUAUCGAGGAGCUCAAAUCGCUGAAAGAGCUCUACUGUCAGACCAAGAACGAUUGAAUGUGGCCUCGGCUGUGGCUGUGGUCAUGGCAAUGGCGGUGGCGGUGGCAGUGCCAGGGCCAGCGAGUCCAGGGCCAGCGGCGCAGCAGCAGCAGCAGCAGCAGCAGCAGCGGCGGUAAAUUCGACGUUCGACGAAGAGUCCCGAUGGCCAUGGCGAUGGCAAGAGUCGGCCGCAUAUCAUGAUUUACAUACAUAUAGUAGAAAGCUAUAUGUAAUCGUACAUAUAUACUAUAUAGUGCAAUGAUCAUGUUCUUGUUAGGACAAGUACACUGAACCGAACCGAACCGAACAGAACCGAACAGCCUGACAGAACAAACAGACGGACGGCGACAGAGACACAGACAGCGACAGCGACAGCGACACGAGCAGGACACAAUGUAAUUAUGUUUAUAACUUAAAUUGUAAUGUUAUGUUUAUGCUUUAGUUUACGCCUUAGUUUAUUUUCUAAUUUAAUGAAACUACAGUUUACUGCAGUUAUCCAUGUCCCUCGUGUUUUUACAUCCUAAAUCUGCUUCUAUAAGCCGUAAGCUGCCGUCAGAUGAUUGCCUUUUUGAAUUGUUGUCGGUGAAUUUUGCCAUUUACUCGUAUGGGUAUGUUUGUUUUUAUUAUGUGUUUCCUCGAAAACCCCAUUGAGUUUUACACUCCCUUACAUCUAAUACAAUUAUUUAGUAGUCGUCGGAUGUUGGUUCGUAUUCAGAUUUGCGUAGAUCAGCUGCUUUGUUUGUUAUUUUUUUUGAAUGCAUUUUAGGCUUUAAGCAUAAACACAACAGCGACGUACUGCUUUUGGUAUUGCCUUUUAAACAACUUAGAUUGAUAAAGUAUAUUUAACCAAUUGAUAAACAGCUGAUCAAACAAUACAGCUGCUACGGAUUUUGAGCAGAGAAAAUACCUUUCAGAAAUACCAUGUAAAUAUAUGCAUUGGGCGUAUGGCAUUUACAAGAGCCGCCCAUACGCCUCUCCCAGCAUUGGCAUUGCUCCAAUGCUGAAAGCCUAUCCCCCCCCUUAUGAGUCCCAUGAGAAGUGCUCAAUUUUACCGAUGCAACUAUCUGAGAACACAUUUUAAUGGCGGCAGACUAUACGACUAUCCCUCUUCACCCGUUCUAUUAUAAUUGCAAUAUUUUGUUUUACCUAUUGCUAAAUACGAAAACUUUACUAGAAAAAGUUGUUUUAAUUUUGUAGAGAAAUUAUGUAAACGGUUAUAAAACCCCAACACAAGCACCACACAUGCAGAACAAGAUAGGUAUGUAGAUAUUGAGAGAGAGAAGGAGAGAGAGAGAGCUCUUAGCAAAGUUUUGUUUCCCCCGAUGUUUAAAAACAUAACUCUUACCUUUUUAUACCCGAUACUCAAAGAAUUUGGGGCAGAUAAUUCAGAUUUGUGUGCAGACUCGACUAAUCAUGUUUGUUUCAAAAUUUCUACCCGCCCCCACAAAGGACGAAAGUCUGUGGCAUCCACAGUUUUGACGAUACGAGAAAACCAAACCAUAUCUAUCAGAUUUUUAAAUCUGGAUCAGAUAGGGUCAUUAUUAAAGCCACAAUGAAGAAAUGAAUUUGCUUUGGCUAUCGUAGAUCGAGUAGAUCAAGUGUUGGGUUGAAAAGUGAUGUAUGUAGUUGUAGAUGACAGAUGUACCAAAUAUUGUAAACAGAUAAAAAUUGUUAAAUUCGAUAAAAAUUAAUAAGUUUACAUCAAUGAGUACCGGGUGUAAAGGUAGUGACGCUUCUGAACGCGUCUUAGAACGUUCCUCCUCGUUUUUAUAUAUGUAUAUGCGUGUGUGUAUUGCUGUGUCUGUGUGUGUGUGUGCGAAGAAAAAGAGCUAAGAAAUGUACAUUUAAACUUUUGUUUGAAUCGGUUUGAAGGUUCUGCAAAGCACAGGGUAGAUCGAUCAAUGAAUCAAAACAGUCAGUCAGUCAGUCAGUCAACGAUAAUGAAUUUUUGAAAAUUUGUUGAAUAAUUUUAAACCGCUUCCCGCCGCCUCGCCCACUAGCCUCCCUAGCCAAGGCGACCUGGAAGGAUUUUCUCUAAAAACAAAAAACAAUUUAUAUUUAAUUAUAUAUAUACGAUAUACGUAGUUAGCGAAUAUUUGUACACUAUUUGUAUUUGUGGAUCGCACUCGAACAGGGUGCAAGGGAGGACGAUGGAGCGGUGUCCAAUUUCCGGAUUGAGGGAAUAUACCAUAUACCAUAUACCAUACAUACAUUAUUUACAUGCAUACUAUAAAGCAAAACUCUCUUUAUCUCUUGUGAUCAACUCAGUUGUUGUUAUGAAAAUGAUACAAAAUGAAAAGAAAUCGAAAAAAUAAAUAAUAAAUCGUAAACUUGUAUGGAUGGAUAUGCAGGGCAGGCAGGCAGGCAGGCAGAUGCAGGACAAAAGAUUUGAGCAUAGACAGAGGGACUUUUUUAUAUGUACAAUAUCGAGUAGCGAAACAAAAAUGGAAGGUGGAAACAAUGUCAAAGUAGCGGAAACCAGAACCCGGAUAAAUCAAUGCAUACGUCAAUGUAUAGUACAUUAAAGCUCUUUAUAAAGAUUAUAUACAUACAUGAUGAAUCUAUAUAUAUAUAGAAAAAUAUAUAUAUAUAUAUAUAUACGGAUCUAUAUCUACUUAUGGGUACCCAUGUAUAUCUAUCUAUUUUUGAUGUCAAAAUCAAAACUACUGCAAACGUAAACAACAACAGAAAAGAAAACACUUAAGGAAACAAAAUCGAAACGAGAAUUCAAAGAGCAACUUUUUUUGGUAGGAUCAAAAGGACAAAGAAGAAGGAGGGAAGGCGAAAGAAUAUAAGUAAGCAGCAGAAAAGUUGCAUUCAACAAAGUAAAUAAAAUAUUUUUAUUGUCAUUGCAUAAUUCUUAAGCUAGUAAUUUUAAUAUGUAAAUCAUAAGUUGCAAAACAAAACAAAUAAUAAAAAAAAAUGAAAA